GACAGGCUGAUCGUGUGUAGCGGAUCGGACUGGUCCAUCGGCGGCUCGGCGCGGGGGGGAGAGAGCGGCGCUCCGGGAUUAGUCUUCAGUCGAGCCGUGUUUGAUACCUGCGGUUUCUACAUAUGAACAAAACCACGCCGUUAAACGGUUAUCUGUGUGUCUGUAUUUGCGGCACGGCCUCGCGGAUACGACGCUUUUGGCCUGAAUGUGAAGCGAGUUCGGUGAUUAAUCGCUCGGCCUGUAGCGCAUCGACAGCGGCGGCAGUGGCGGCGGUUAGCGGAGCUGAGCUAGUGCUCUGGGGCCUCGGACUGAAGUUGCAGUUGUAUGCGGACUUUACAACUUCUUAAGCCGGGUUUGGAGGUUCUUAAAGUCGGGCAGGGCCCCCACUUCCCAAGGCCUUCGGAUGAGGAAGUGAAGAUACACGAACCACCCAGGAGAAAGGAACCCAUUUAAUGGGAGAUAUCCUCUAUCCUGAACUCCUGGGGCCGACUGUGAGCAGUUAUCAUGGACGAGCAAGAGGUUCUAAACUCGAUCAUGCAGGACUUGGUUGAGCUGCAUCGCUCUAGCCGGCCAGCCAUGUCUCUGUCUGACCUGGGCAAACCCAAGGCUUCGUCUCCCAAGAACCAGAACGAUGUUCGAGUAAAGUUCGAGUACAGGGGAGAGAAGAGGAUUCUGCAGUUUCCUCGGCCCCUCAGGCUAGAUGAUCUCAGCACCAAAGCUAAAGUGGCGUUUGGGCAGGCCAUGGACCUGCACUACACCAAUAAUGAGCUGGUGAUUCCUCUGAGCACUCAGGAUGAUCUGGAUAAAGCCGUGGAGCUGCUGGAUCGUUCUGUCCACAUGAAGAGUCUGAAAAUUCUGCUGGUGUUGCCAGCUUCUUCCCAGAACUCAGUCUCCAGCAUGGAUCUUCUGCCUACUCGUGACAAUCUGGACAACACAGACAGUAACAACAUGUUAGCCAUUAUAGGCUCUCAGUCCACCGACCGCAGUUCACCUCCUCCAGGCUACAUCCCUGAUGCCCUGCAGCAAGUUGCCAGAAACGGUUCCUUCACCAGCAUCAACAGCGAGGGAGAGUUUAUACCAGAAAGCAUGGACCAGAUGCUGGACCCCCUGUCCAUGAGCAGCCCUGAGAAUUCAGCAUCAGGCAGCUGUCCUUCUCUGGAUAGUCCACUAGACAGUGAUAGCUAUCCUAAAUCCCGCAUGCCCCGAGCUCAGAGUUACCCAGACAAUCAUCAGGAGUUCGCUGAGUGUGAUAUUCCAGUGUUUGAGAAGUCAGGGAAAGGUGGAACAUAUCCCCGGAGAUACCACAUUUCCUUCUGUCAGCAGGACUACAGCGAUGGGCGGAAGACGUUUCCACGAGCGCGGCGGACACAGGGCCAUGGUUUCCGCUCCCCAGUGAGUUUCAGCCCAACUGACCAGAGCCUGAGCACCAGCAGUGGAAGCAGCAUCUUCACCCCUGAGCUGGAGGAGCCGGGCCGCCGACGCCGUGGCAGCGACAUUGAGCCAAAUCCAAAUACUAAUCCCACCCUUUCAGUCAUGGACAUCAGCCCACCCAGCCGCUCACCUCGUGCGCCCACUAACUGGCGUUUGGGGAAGCUGUUGGGACAGGGAGCCUUUGGCCGAGUCUUCCUGUGUUAUGACGCCGACACUGGACGAGAACUUGCUGUCAAACAGGUCCAGUUCGAUCCAGACAGCCCAGAGACUAGCAAGGAGGUGAGUGCAUUAGAGUGUGAGAUUCAGCUCCUGAAGAAUCUUUUCCAUGAGCGCAUAGUCCAGUACUACGGUUGCCUGCGCGACACACACGAAAGAACUCUAUCAAUUUUCAUGGAGUACAUGCCUGGGGGCUCGAUUAAAGACCAGCUGAAAUCAUAUGGUGCGCUGACAGAAAACGUUACACGCAAAUACACUCGGCAGAUCCUGGAAGGAGUAUGUUACCUCCACAGUAACAUGAUUGUACACAGAGACAUCAAAGGUGCUAACAUCCUGAGGGACUCAGCUGGGAAUGUAAAGCUAGGCGAUUUUGGGGCAAGUCGUCGGCUACAAACCAUCUGUCUGUCGGGGACGGGGAUAAAGUCAGUGACAGGAACGCCAUACUGGAUGAGCCCAGAGGUGAUCAGUGGAGAAGGCUAUGGAAGAAAGGCCGAUAUCUGGAGUGUUGGCUGCACCGUGGUAGAAAUGCUAACUCUGCGACCUCCCUGGGCAGAAUUCGAGGCCAUGGCGGCCAUCUUCAAAAUCGCCACACAGCCCACCAACCCUGCUCUCCCGGCUCACGUAUCUGACCACUGCCGCGACUUCCUCAAACGCAUUUUUGUGGAAACAAAACAGAGGCCCGCUGCUGAGGAAUUAUUACGGCACAUUUUCGUUCACUAACCCACCCUCCCCUCAAUCACUGACCGAUCAGAAAUUGUCUGUAGGCUCUGCCCUUUCGUAGACUCCCCCCAGCCUGCUGUGGAGAACGCCCCGUUGGACCAGACAGGAUGUGGGCGUGGCCUAGCAGGAAAGAGGGAUUACAUUUUUUUUCCUCUUAUUGGUGGAGGACUGCAGUUGGGGAGCAGCUUGAAUCCCUAUGAAAACGUUUGCACCUUAAUUUCACUCAGGGGUAAGUAACGUACCCCUGUAGACUUUAUCUCGGUAGGUAACAAUUUGUUUGUUUGUUUGUUUUGUUGUUCGUCUUGAGUUUUUAAUGUUAUCUGCAAUUGUGGAGUGGGAGCCUUCACUCUGGGGAGUCUAGUGGAGUUAUCGACUCGCUGGAUGAAUCCGAGAGGCUGUCUGGUCCAGACUCGACCCAGAAUGUACCGUCAGCAUCCCCAGAACACGUCCGGUAUGCCGUCAAGCUGCUAAAGAGGAAAAUGGAAAAAGUAGAGGGAAACAAAGUAAGGAGAUAAUAAUGAUGAUGAUGAUGAUUAUGAUGACACCAGACCAACCCAUCCCACUUGACUCUUCUAAGUUCUCAUUUUCUUGCACAGUUUGUGUACAAAACAUACACACACACACACACAAACACAAACUUUCCUGAAGGACUACACUGUAGAAUAUGUCACUCACUAUGCUGUACAAACAUUAGUUUGCUGUACCUCCCUUUUUUUCCUCAAUCUAUCUCUCUCUCUCUCUUUAUCUCUCUGUCCACCCUUCUCUACCGGAGAGUGCCACCAUGUUGUGCUGUUGAACCCUUUAGCAGGGUUGUGCUUCUUUUCUUUUUCUGCCAACAGUCCGCAAUCCGUUUUUUUAAUGGUGUGCCUUUUAGAUUAGUAGAUUCUAAGAAUUCUAGUAGAAGCUUCAUCAUUCUUUUUGCUUCUUCUUCUUUUUCUUUUUUUUUUUGUAACAGUUUGUGCCACCACAGCACAGCUAAAGCGCUUGUUUUGUUAAAAAAAAAACUACAGCAUCUAUGCUCAAACUUCUGCCUUCUCUCGUUACCCAGUGCCCCUCCCUCAGUAUGAAGCUGACCCCAGGUCAGCUCCUUUGCCUUUCUUUGAAACAGUGCCGUAGUCUUCAAUCUGAACUGAGGUCCACUCCGAAACAGGUUCUAUAUCGAGACGUUCACCAAAGCUUGAAGCCCAGGAUACACACACUGGGGUUGGUGCCUAGACAGUAGUUCAAAGAAGGGUCUCAUUUUUACACUUUUAAACUGCAAAUAGAAUUAUUGAUUGAAUGCGUAACCGAAUGGCCAUGUAGGUUCCAACGCACCUACACUGUUGAAAGAAUGUUCUUUGAUUAACUUUUAGGGGUUCUUUAGUUUGAAACUAAAGAGAAACCCUUUAAGAUGCUUUGAGAAACCUUCAAGAAAGCUUAAAGUGCUUCAAGGAUCCUUUUAUGAAAGAUUACUCAAACCACUUUUAAAGGAAUCCUCUAUAGUUCUAAAGUGACAAAAAAAAAAAAAACUCAAGGAACCUAAAACUGUAUACUACAACCUGUAUAAACUUCAAAGGGCCAUGUUUUGGAGCAAAAACAAAACUCUCUAGCACUAUGUUUUUAUUUUAUCUUAUUAUUUUUGACAGUGCCGUAACAUAUGAAGAAGAAAUCCAUGGUUUUCAGUGUUGAAAAUGAACAGUGUUGUUCAUUAAUGCUCAACAGUACUUGACAGUAUGUAACGGUUAAAAGUAAACCUCAGUAUCUCACAAUGCCUUCAGAUAGGUACUUCUUUUCCUCACCGCCUUGUGCUCUUCUUAACACUGUUCAACACACACAUCCACACGCACACACACACAGACCAAGUCACCUGACACAUACACACACAUGUACGAAGACCGAAGAUGUAUGCUUUUAGCUGCAAUAGUUUGCAAUAGGCCUGUCACAAAUGCUAUUGUAUAUUUGAUAUAAAUGGUAAAUUAUAUUGGCUAUUCCUAGUAUUAUUAUAAUAACGCAGUUGCACACUUUUAAAGAGCGAUGAGCUUUUAAUAAUUAGGAAUAUUUAAACUGUUCAAUUAAACAUUUGCAAUGUAUUUAUUGAAUAAUAAAAUAAAUGCAAUAGUGCUGUUAAUCUAUUAAACAAAUUUAAUUAAUUACAUAUUCUGUGAUUAGUUAAUCUAAAUUAAUUGCAUAUCACUUUUUUGCUAUGAAAAUUUCAAGUAAGUUUAAAUAGCAUAGCAGUGAAUCAAUAAAUUAAUAACUGUCAUAGAUUUAUAAUUACACAUCCUAUUAUUUUAGACACAUACAUACCAUGUUGAGAUCACAAUUAUAUAUAACAAUAUUGUAUAUAACACUGUGCAAUUUUUUGAAUUUACCAUUUUAAUUCUAUGUAUAAUUGACCAUCAACAAAAUUUGUCAAAUUCACAUUUUUUAAAAUAUACUGGCUUUUGUUGGACAAACAAAUGAACAUUUGGAAUAGAUUUCUUGGAUGUCCUAAAAAAAUUAAAUAGUACUGUUAAGCUAUUUUUAAAAAAUCAAAUUAAUUAAAUGUUCCGUAAUAAAUGUAUCUAAAUGUAUGGCAUUUCACUUUUUGCUAUGAUUCUAAAUUGUGCAAUUCAAAUUAAUUUAGAAUAGCAAUAAAUCAAUGAAUAAAUGUAUAACUUUAAAAUAGUUUUAUAAUUCAACCACCUUUUAUUUUGGAUGCAUAACACAUCAGAUUUUAACCCCCCGUGCUCCAACUCACAAGUCUUUCUUGCUGACUCUUACAGCUUACAGACACCGUCUCUCUCUUCGUGGCGAGAGCUGUACUCAAAUAGUGCUGGUAACUUUUCCCUCAUGAGCAGCACCUGUCUGUAAUUAAGGGAGAUCUACCUCGGCUGAAUUAAAGGUAACCUUAUCGGCUCUACAUUUUUCUAAUUAAUCGAAAUUAACUUAUUCAUUUGACUGCACUAAAAUAAAUAAAAAUAAUAAUAAAAAUAAAAUAUUAGAAGAGUUAUAUUUAAACAAAGACUACAUGCAUAAAUACAAGUUGAUAGUGUAUUUAUUGUGACAGGCCUAUUCUGCUAGACUGAAAAUGUGAUGGUACAGAGACAGAAAAAAAAACUGCAAAGUCUGCUUUACACUCUACUCUAUCCUCACGGUACGAUUUCCCAUCUUCAGAACGUUCUUUCUGCUUGCUACUUUGUAAUCAAAGUCAGAGACUUUUCUGUAAGAGCCUUAUCUUUAAUUGGCAACUUUGAAUACCCGAGUACUUCUCUCUCUGAUUGCUGAGAACUGUAGUUUCUUCAGGAAUUAAAUGUGUAUAGUGUAUCUUUUUAAAGGAAUAUUCCAGCUGUUUUUUCUGUUUCUCUUCAAGCUAAUUAUGAGCAGUUAUAAGUGAUGCUGUAAUUAUCAAUAUAAUAACAGAAUCAUGAGUCUCUGUAGGUAUUUGCUUAGAAAUCUGGUUUUAUAAAGGUUAAAUAUAUUGUUUCCAUUAAUAUAUUUAGUAAGCAAUGAUUAUCCUUGGAGAAGUGCAGACUAGAAGACUUUUACAAGGCAUUUUUAAGUAAUAAAAAAUAUUAUUUAUUUACAGCAAGGAUUGAGAUUGUUUUUGUCAAUAUUGCGUACUCCUCUGGUUAAUACAGAUUAUCUUAACAACUCUGGAAUAUUCCUUUAAUUAAGAGGUGAACACUGUGCACUGUAGGCUCAAAUGCUGUAGCUUGCCUGGUUGCAGGUCUGGACUGUCAGUACGAAGUGCAGUUAGUAUGAUUUUAAAGGAUAAAGCUGUUUAUGUUCGCACUCCUGCUUUGAGACAGAGUGGUGCUGAAUUUGAAUGGUUGUGUAAAAAACGGUACGUAGCACGAGGGACUGCACUUGGCGCCAAUGUCUGCUAUCACUCUUGUGUACUCAUUUUAUUUAAACUGGUUAAACAGAAAUGACUGCAAACUUUUGCAAAGAAAGUCUGAUAAUUUUCUAAAUGUUUUAUUAAAUUUAGUAAAUUUGGUUUCAGAGCAACAGUUGUGCAUAUUUAUAACAUUUGCACUGUGUAAGAGUUUCUAGAGCUGGCGUUUUUAAGAUUUGAUAUUUGUUGAAUUGGAAAUUUCACAUUAAAUAUAGUUUUUCCCUUCCCUUUUGAUCACAGUCCAGUAUAGUGGCAGUGGCAUACUUAUAAUGCAUACAGUGAUUAUGCAAAUUAACUGAAAUCAUCUGUGAUCAUAUUAAGCAUAUUAAUCUUUCUAGUUGAUGUAGAAAUACAAUUAAAUGGACUUUUGAUGUAGUAAAACAUGAUAAAGAGUACUUUGUUGAAUAGCCCACCUCCGCUCUCCCGCAGCUUUCUGAGAUCCAGAAAUUUUGUGCUUUUUGCCCAGCACUCUGUACAACGGCCGCUUCUGGCAUAUUUUUUCCCGAUAAAUAGCUUUUUCCACCGUUAUUCAGGCUCAAAGUAGCCCCACACCUCCUUGGUAGAAUCCGGAGAGCCCUGACAUUUAAAACGAGGCAUUAAUAACUUUAAAAGUGCACAAGAAGUUUGUUAAAAACCACUGUUUACUUCCUAUAAUGCUGGCCUCUGCUCCGGGAGCCGCCAUCACUGUACUGAUAAUGACAUAGACAUAUAUACAUAGACUCUGCAUUUAUUUACACUGAGGGAGGUGUUUUAAAACACCUAUAAUAAUCACAACUCAGCAGAGAUGUAGUAAUGAUUCAGGAGGCUGUUGCAUGUUGCAAAUACGUGCCUUCAUGUUGAAAUACUUUACAUGAUGUUCUUUAACAUAAUAUAACAUAAAUGGCGGCCAUUGUACAGAGUGCUGGGCGAAAAGCACAAAAUUACUGGAUCUCAGAAAUCUGUAGGAAAGCGGAGGUGUGCUAUUUAACAAAGGAAAUUACUUUUUAUCAUGUUUUACUACACCUACAUAUAUAUGUUUUGUGGCUUAAAAGGCAAAGGUUACAAAUACUAAAUGGAGAAAAUGAACACCAAUGUAAGGAGCAAAUACUCCAGUAUUUGAAUUGUUCAUGCCAGCUCUAGAAUCUCUACAAAAAAUUUUUUUUUUUAAGCAAUUAGUAUGAAAAUGCUAAAAGGCUGUUAUAUUUUCUGCUAAUUAAUUAUUUAAGGGUGGUACUGCACAUCAUGGUACAGAAACAUUGACAUUUAAAAGGAAUACACAUUGAAAAUGUCCCUGCUGUAGGAAGUUAGCACUGCAGCUGCAGGUUUCUGAGUGUAUGUGGCACUAGAACGGCUCCCUGCACACUCUGAUCAUUGAAAAGGUACACUCCAAAAAAUGUUUACAGCUUUUGUACUGUAGGUGCUGAGGAACCGUUCUGUUUACUCCUGCUGACAGAAUCUGUCAUUAAAGCUCUUAGUAGGCCAACAAUGGAUCUCUGAAAUCAUGCUGACAUUAUGUGGUCUGUUUUGUUCAUUUUAGUAAAUUAUAACAAGUAACAAAAAUUCCAUUAAAUUAAAUAAUUCAAUCAAAUAAUUAAAUAAAAUUUAAAAAUAAUGUAAAUUAUUCAAUUUAAUUCCAUUUUUAAAAUUCAUGACUAAUAUACACUGUGGUAAAAAACAAUGCUGUGAACUUGGUAUCUUUUUUCCAUACACGAUUUUCUUCUGUGGUUUACAAGUCAAAAUUAGAAAUUUGCUGCAUUAAAACUAACACCUAAAUAAAACACUGAGACUAAUCAAAAUACCAAAAGCGCCAACCACCUAUAUUUUGGCUUUUUUAUUAACCAUAAAAUUCAGAGUAUAAGAGUGGGGGAGGUUGGAGUUGCAUAUAUUUAGCAAAAGUAUUACUGGAAUCUUUUUGAUUUCCACAGGGUGAUUUGAAAUGUCUAUUUAUCUUAUUCGCUAUAUUUUGUCAUGUCUCCAUAUAUUAUUUAUACAGCCUUUUAAUGUUUCAAAAAUUGGUUAUGAUGGAGGCUUUGGAAAUGGUAAUUAUUUUGUAUUAUUAUUACUAUUAUUGUUAUCUUAUGUUCUUAAUGUCUUUAAAUCUUUUUCCAUUUAACUUGGACAGUGAUGGAUUCUUACAGAAACGUUGCCUAAACGUUGCUUUUGAUAAAAUGUUUUACUGCAGACAGUUUUGUUUUUUAUUGCUUGCUCCACAAGCCAAUUUGAAUCAUAUACUUACUAAAAAUGGACAUUUCAGUAACUAAAUAAUGAUGCAUGACUUCAGAGAUCUAGUAAUAGAAGCAGCUGGUUCAAGAAAUACAGUUUUCCUGCAGACUGUUUGCCAACCCAGAGCACUUUUGUUUUUGGACCUUUCCACUUCCUUCGCUAUUAUAUGCUAUGCUACAUUGCAUUCAGUCUGCUGGCACAACAGGUUGAGUUCUAUAUAUUUGCAGUUGACUUUUCUUGCCGUCUCAUCAGAUAUCGCAGAUACUGUUUUUUUUAUUAUUCAAAUGGAUGAAAGUUGACCAGCGGAACCGAUUUCGAACAUACUCUCGUUGUUAGCAACAGUAUAAGUGCCAGUUCUCAAGCCAGAACUUCACUUUUUUCCUGUUUUCUUUGAGCUUGAUCUGAAAGGAGAGAUAAAUAGCAUUAUUUGGUGUGUUGGUGUACUCGGUGUACAGACUUGCUCCACAGCGAGUAUAGGCGUUUAUAACGUACAUACAGUUGUCUGUCCUUUCGAUGUUAAACUUUUUGCACAUUUUUGAGAACAUAAUUUGUACACUGAUUUUAAUACUUUGCCAAUGAAUGUUGUGUGCGUGUGUGUAUGUAUGUAUGUGUGUGUGUGUGUGUGUGUGUGUGUGUGUGUGCGUGUUUGUGUGUUUGUAUGAGUGGGGUGUAUGUUUGCAUUUGUCUGUAUUCACACAACAAAAAAAAUGACAAGCUGUCCUCCGACCAGGUGUGGUAGGAAUUGCCAAGCCCUGCAGAGGAAUGUAAUGCCUAAACAUCACCACUAGGUGGCGCCAUGUGUGCAUUUUGCCUGUAUUCUUACAUUGUCAUGUCUGGAGUCUCCUGCUGAAAUUUAGUUGAGGUGUUUAGAAACCUGUAGGGCUGAAUUAGUCCAACUUCAAGGCUUUCUAACAAGCGCUGGCUGCUUCAAUACCAGUUUUAACAAGACCUCGUCCAAAACAAGUGCCACCUUCAGCAGCAGGACUUGCCCAAAACUCAACUUUUGGCCAUAAAAUGUGUUGGACAACACUGUGAAUGAGCCAAAGCAGUAAACAAAUUUUUACUUUUUUUUUUUUUUUUUUUUUUUAAAAAGAUCGAUUUUUUACUGCAGCUGCUUCUAUUUAUUGUACAUACUGUUUCUGUGCUGUAUUCUGCUCGCUUGAUCUCGUUGUUAGUAAGCUAAAAGCUACACAGCUUCAACAAGAAGAAUAAAGCUGUAAUACCACAGUUCUAAAGAAAAGCCUACGGUCAGACAAAGCCAUUAAUUUUUUGUUUUGUGCUUGUCUGCAUAGCUAAAAUGAAAGAUAAAUAAAAUAAAACAAAGGAUGUCUAUGGCCCAAUCCUAUUUCACCCUUUGUUCCUACCAUUUUAGUCCUACCUUUUUGUUUUCGUAUUCAUACCUACCGAUUCAUACCGAUUCUUGUUGGAACAGAGGGAUAGGGUGAAGUGUUAAAGUGAAACAAAAAAACAACAAUCUAGUAAAUAUCUAAUUUUAUCUCUGUAUCACCAAAGAAUUAGAUGUGGGUGAUAAUAAACAAUAAUACAUUGUUGCAUCUCACCCCCCUUUGUGAUGCCCCAAAUGUAACUGAAGUCCAGCAGCAGGUUGCUGAGCUUUACUGCUCCUCUGCAUUACAACAGACUGGUUGCUUACAGAGCACCGCUAAUAGCUGCUGAUAAUGCAGUAUUCUUUUUUUUAUUUAUUUAUUUUGGCAGCGUGUCAGGUUUUUGAAGGGUUUUCUUCUUUUUUUAUGUUUCUUUUUUUUAAGGGGGAGGAUUUCAUCCACUUCACUCUCUAUCUCAGUUCUAAGGAGUAAGAGUACAAAUAAGAAAUACGGUUGGGCCCUAGCCAAAGAGAGGUGCAUUCAACUUGAACUGUCCCCUCUUGCCCUUCUGUUGCAAUUGGCUACUUCUGUAACAUAUUAAGUUUGCGGGAGCUUGUUAAGAAUGGUAUUGAAGCAGGGAUCUGGUCUUCAAAUGCUGUUAAAGCUCCGCAACAGUUCUACUAACAGGCUGGGCUUUCCAAUGAGGUGUAUUGUGCCACUGCUGCCACUCCUGAAUGCACUUUGUGUGAGUGUGUGUGUGUGUGUGUGUGUGUAUGUAUGUGUUGGGGGGGGAAUGGGAGUGUAUGAGUGUAAGGCCUUUUUCUGAAUGAGUGUUGAAUGAGUGCUGCCUGCGGAAAGGUAACUGCACCCAGGGCCUUUGUGCUUUAGGACUGUACUAUUGAAAAAUAAAAAUAUAUAAAUGGAAAAAAAAAGACACAAAAUACACAAAAAAAACAAAACAAAAAAAAGAACUUUUGGACAGAGUACACUUAUCUGGUACAGAAUUAUUUCUUGUUUGUCUGCUUUGUCUAUGGUACGAGAAAGCCAUGUUUAUAAUUCAAUUUGGUUUGUGACCAAUAAGCCUGUUUAUAUCAAAUCUGUAUAUCAGUGCUACGCAUAUUUUUUUUAUAAAUAUAUUUUUUAUUUUUUUUCCUCCUUUUUUAACUCAAGAUUUUAUGCAUGAUUGGCGUUUGAAUGGCCCAGUGAGGUUAUGUGCCCUGCUAUGAGAGCACAGCUGAUUGGAGGGUUUGCUGGACGACAUCAUGAAAUUUGCCUGUUGAUGGCUGGCACUUUGUAUAGUGUUGCUAAUAAUUAUGAUAAUGAGAAUAAUAAAUAGAUAUUUAUUUCACAGUU